ACCGAUUAAUAAGUCGAAAAUAAAAAAAAACCAGUAACACUGUCUCACAGUUCACCGCUCUCGCUUUGACAGCUACUCGAGGAAAAAUAAAAAGAAAGUGUUUUCGAAUAAACUAAUUUCGUGUGGUGGAAUGUUCGCGGUAGUGCAAACCCGAAAGGGAAAAAAAUCUAAACCCUCGCUUACAGUUGUUCCUGAAAAUUGGACCGGUGACAAAUGUGUCUUUUGGCCUCCAAAAGGUUUAGUUUCUUUGUCAAGAAAUCCUAAUACGAAGCCAGGUUCUUCUUGGGUUGCUACAAAAGCAAAGGUGGUUGGAAGAGCCAAUAGUUUCACUGAAGCAGAAAAAAUAUUGGCGGAAUUACAAAUUAUCACGGAUUCUGAGGAUGUUGAAGGCGUUGGAACUCGAAAGAAUCCGGUAAAAAGCAAAGGAAAAUUCAUUUCUAACACAUAUGAGUUACAAAGUGUGACGCAGGUUUCUACCGAAGAAAAUAGAGAAACGUUUACGGCUAUGACGGCCGAACAUGUGUCCCAGACUCCGGAGUCUUGUGCUUUGUUCGAUUCUGCUAGUGCUAAAGUUGCGCUACCUACGAGUUUACCUGUUCCAUCAAACCAGGUCUUAUCGGAUGCGGCAUCAUUAGGUUCCGUGAUGACUAUUGAAACCGAAAAUCCGUUCUCCGUUUCACAUCACACACAAACGCAGUCGGCAGAUCAGCAGAUCAUCUGUGAAAGCAACAUUGAAUACAUUCAACUUGAAAAUGGAGCUGUAAUGCCUCUAAUAUGUGAACCUGCUUUAAAUGAAAACGCAACCGAAGAUGAAAACGAUUUUAAUAAACGUUGUUGUCAUGUUACAGAAGUAAUAAAUCGACUCGACGAUAUAGAGAAUGAAAUAAAAGCAAUAAAAGCUCUUACACUGCAAAUGACAAAUUUUAUGGCCAACAUGGAUAAAUUCAUGACAAAAAAAAAUGAUUCAAGUCGGACUACAAUCAAACCAGAAACUGAGAGUUUUUCAGGAUGUAAGGAAUUUUUAUCACUACAAACAAAGGAAGAUUUGAUACUACUGGAAAAAAAGUUAAAAGACGACAAUUUUCAAAAUUGCAUACUCCAAUAUUGUAAAUCGAUAUUUAAUUUAACUGGCAAGCGUGAAGGAACGCCCUUUUUUAAAACCUUCCUACGUGAAAUAUUAUCUCCAAAGAUUCUCAAACCGUUUUCUUGGCAGGGAAAUCCAAGACUCAUGAAAAAUUCAGAUGGCAGUCAUAGUGGCCAUAAUGAAAGUUUCAGAGGAAACUUCCCAAAUUUCGUUCAUUUCGUUUUUUUAGUCAUAAGAGCGGCAGAUUUCGAGUUUACUGAAGAGAGUAAUAAUAAAUCAUUCUCUAAUUUUCUACGGAUGAAAAACACAGAAAUUAAACGAUUCGAGUCUGGCAAAGGAGGUUGUGCAGCUUAUACAAGAAAACGUAAAAAUCCAAACAAUAUUGAUGAUAAUCAAAAUGUAUUAGUCAAAAAGCCAAAAAAGGGUAAGAAUGUAAACGACGCUGCUAUCCCUAAUAUAAAAAUGGAAAGAAAUGAGUUGGAUAAUAAUUCGAUUACGAGUGAAGAAUCACAAGACGACGAUGGCAAGAAUGACACUAGUUGCAGCUCAGAAUCUAAUGCAGAUAAUUAGUAGAAGCAAAUGAAUCAUAUUAAACUUACUACCUUUAACUAAUUCUACUU